GCCAUCACCGGUUUACCAGCUGUUCGGGAUAUAAAAGAGACAUAGUGGAGGAAAAACAACAACAGCAUGAGCUUAUUGAAUUCAUACAGGUAGAAAUUAAGCUGAUGGUUAGUGGUUUAGUUUUAUCUGCGCUGCGUUAAUAAUAAUAAUAAUAAUAAUAAUGAUAAUAAUGAUUCAGGAUUUCUGUUGGGGUUUGGGAAUGUAUCUUUAGCAGAAAACUGUUUAUUUUAGAAAGAAAUCGAGCUGAAAGGAGCAGGUGUGUGUGUGUGUGUGUGUGGAAGAAAACCUGACGCUAGAGAAAUUUAAGCAGCCAUGAUUACAUCGACUCCUGAGAGUUCAGGCGGCCGCGCUCAGCGCUCCGGGAGACGCAGCGCGCCCAGCGGCACCGCCGCGGCCCAGGGAGGCUCUCCGUCCUCGGCGAGUCCCACCCGCCUGAGCCGCCUGCAGGAGAAGGAGGACCUGCGGCAGCUCAAUGACCGACUCGCCAACUACAUUGAGCGCGUGCGGCAGCUCGAGAACGAGAAGUCCUCGCUGCGGCUCCUCCUGCAGGAGAAAGAGGAGACCGCGGGCCGCGAGCUCAACAAUGUGCGCCUGCUGUAUGAAACCGAGCUGGCCGACGCCAGAAAAACUCUCGAUAACACCGCAAAUGAGAGAGCCAGGCUUCAAAUCGAGUACAGCCAGCUGUGUGAAGACCACCGCAAGCUAGUGGCCAGGAAUAACAAGAAAGAGGCUGAGCUGAGCAGCGCAGUGGAGCGCUGGAGGAAUCUUGAAGCUGCCCUGAACUCCAAAGAGGCAGACUAUGCUAAUUUAUUAGCAACUAACCGCAGACUGGAAAACGAUGUCGCAGACCUCACGACGCAAGUGGAUAAUCUGGAUAAAUCCUUGCAGAACGCCAAAGCUCAGGUGAAUUCAGAGAUGCUUCGUCGAGUCGACGCAGAGAACCAGAUGCAGACCCUCCACGAGCAGAUAGAGUUUCAGAAGCAGCUCAGUGAACAGGAAGUGCGGGAGAUGCGGAGUCGGUACGAGAGUCGUCUGGUGGAAGUGGACUCGGGAAGGCAGAAGGAGUUUGAAAGCAAGUUAGCAGAGGCCAUGCAGCAGCUACGACAAGAGCAUGAAUCCCAGAUUCAGCAGUAUAAAGAGGACAUGGAGCGCACCUUCACUGCUAAGUUGGAAAAUGCCAAGCAGGUGGCAUUAAAGAACAGUGAUUAUGCCACUUCUACCAGAGAAGAGCUGGAAGGAACCAGAAUCAAAGUGGAGUCCCAGUCCAAGCAGAUAAACAGCCUGCAGAGUCGGAACCGUGAGCUGGAGGCACGAGUGCAGGACUUGGAGCGAGCUCUGGACCGUGAGAGGCAGCUCGGCCAACAGCGGCUCUCCCAGAAGGAGCAGGAGAUGGCUGACAUGAGGCAGCAGAUGCAGGCGCAGCUCGAGGAGUACCAGAGUCUGCUGGACAUCAAACUCAUGCUGGACAUGGAGAUUAAUGCCUACCGCAAGAUGCUGGAGGGAGAGGAGCAACGACUCAAUCUUUCCCCAAGUCCUUCUCAGCACACUCCCAUCUCCCGCACGCAUGUCCACGCCACACGCAAAGGCUGGGGAAGGAAAAGGAAACACGAGGGUGGGACGGGUCUCUCUCCGAGCUACAAAGUGUCCCAGCACUCCUCCACUCGUGGCUGUGUCUCCAUCGAUGAGGUAGACCUUGACGGAAACUUCAUAAGGCUCAAGAAUAACUCUGACAUGGAUCAGUCGCUAGGAGGCUGGAUAGUGAGGAGGAGUCAACCAGGUGGACCUGACAUCACCUUUAAGAUCCCUUCAUCCUACAUACUGGCUGCUGGACAAACACUGACGAUCUGGUCUGCAGGAGCUCGAGUUGAGCAGAAGCCGUCUACUGAUCUGAUGCUGAGGAGCCCAAAGGCGUGGGGAGCCGUGAGCGAUGUCCGGGUAGCUCUUCUCAAUCCGUACAGUGAAGAGACAGCAGAGCGCCGUGUAGUGCGUCUGCAGGGUUGCACCGAUGGAGAUUCUGAAGAGGAUCUGGACGAAGAGGGCAGCAUCGGAUCAGAGAUUCACCUCCGCCGCCAGGCCAAAAGGAAGAAAAAGAAAUGUUGUGCUCUUUCCUGACCUGUCCCAGCACAGUAGGGUUACGUGCCAAGUCAGGAGACCAGCUGUGCAGUAAUGUAACUGCCGUCUACCCCAAUGUCUCCGCUGGAGCGUGAUGUAGACAUGUGCACCACUCCAGAUCUUUUACACAAUGUUUCAUAUAUGUAACCACCAGGCCCUGAAAUAGUUUCUCAUAGCAAAAUGGAUAUUUCUUAUUCCAGGGCCCAUAUCUCAGACCUGAGAAGGGCCAUAAAGCCUUUGUCUCCUUCACAUUAUCGUAUGUGUGUAUGUAUGUGUGUGUGUGUUUUUUUUUUUUAUAUAUAUAUAUAUAUAUAUAUAUUAUAUAUUAUAUAUAAAUAAAAAUAUACAGGACUAAGACUAAAUCAAGACCAGCAAUCUUAGUCUACAGAUUUUCCUUCCCUGCUCUUUCCAAGGUCUGUUCCUCCCUAUUUAUUGUGCCUUGGCAUGCCGUAUUAUUCUUUUGUUUUGCACUUGCGCCUUACGCGUUGCUCAUGUGAAGCUAAUGGGAUGGUUUGUACAAAUAACCAGAUUUGGUGAAAAGUUCCUGAGAACUUGCGUGGAAGAUGGCUGUUGAACAUGUAGCAUUACUGGACUUUUUUGUUUUCAGAAAUAAACUGAUUUUUUUUCCCCUUCAUUUUGUAUGUAAAUUAUCAUGACCCUGUAUCUUUUGUCACAGGGUUAUUGGUUUUUCAUUUAAUUUGAUCUCAUAAUUAGCAUGCUGACACAAAGCCAUGAUCAGAAUAUCAACGAGCUUUUUGCAUAUACGUAAUCUGUUUUCCUGGCAUUUGAAGCAGAACAUCUAAGAAUCUAGAGACCUCAAGAUUAACUGAUUAGCUGUCACUGUUGCCUAUUUGUUUAUUUCCCCAAAGUAUACACUUUUAUACAUGUAAAUUUAAUAAAGACCUUGCCAUAAUGGA